AUGUCUACAACUGUUGAUGGAUCCGCUAAGAAGCAAACAAAGAUCAAAACUGAUAUCAUCACCCUUACUCGAUUUAUAUUGGAGCAGCAGCAGAAAGUUGCACCGGAUGCAACUGGAGAGCUCACACUCUUGUUGAACUCGUUACAGUUUGCCUUCAAGUUUAUCGCAAGUACAAUCAGAAAGGCUGAGUUGAUUCACCUUAAGGGGUUGUAUGGUGAGACCAAUUCAUCUGGUGACAGCCAAAAGAAGUUGGAUGUGAUAGGAGAUGAGAUCUUUAUUAAUGCUAUGCGGGCUUCUGAUAAAGUGAAGGUCCUUGUGAGUGAAGAGCAAGAGGAUUUGCUUAUUUUCGAACAGAAUCAUGGAAAUUAUGCAGUUUGCUGUGACCCGAUCGAUGGAUCUUCAAACUUGGAUGCUGGUGUCUCUGUUGGUACCAUUUUCUCCAUUUUCAAGCUGCUCCCUGGUUCUAAGGGCUCCAUUAAGGAUGUUCUUCGUUGUGGAAACGACCUUGUGGCCGCUGGAUAUACAAUGUAUGGUGCUUCGGCCCAUUUGGUGCUAACAACUGGUUAUGGAGUGAACGGUUUCACUCUUGAUACCCAGUUGGGUGAAUUUAUUCUCACAGAGCCGGACUUAAAACUCCCAGAAUACGGCCAUAUAUAUGCAAUUAACGAGGGCUACUUUGCUUACUGGCCAAAAAAAGUUCAAGACUACAUUUUGUCCCUUAAGCAACCUCAACCUGAGGAUAACAAGCCAUACAAACUGAGAUACAUAGGUGCAAUGGUUGCCGAUAUUCAUCGUACGUUGCUUUACGGUGGUCUCUUCGGCUAUCCUGCGGAUUCACACGCAAAAUCUGGUAAGUUGCGGAUUCUAUAUGAAUGUUUCCCGAUGGCUUGGUUAAUGGAGCAAGCGGGAGGAAUGGCUGUUGAUGAAGAUGGAAACAGAAUUCUCGAUAAGACCCCAAAGAGAAUUCAUGAGAGAUCUGGUAUCUGGUUGGGAAGUAGGGGAGAGAUCGAGAAGAUCCUUAAGUAUAUUAAGCAGUGA